AUGAAUGGAGCCUUAGUCCAGAACUGCAGUCAUCAGUCUGUUGGUGGUGUGAGAAAUUUUGAUGAUGCAGGGAAUAGGAACAAUAUAUUAAGGAACAAAAUCCUUGACUGGGCAGAUAAUAAAACGAAGAUUCAGGGUGGUGAUUCCACUGAAGCAACUGCCAAACCAAAGAGAAGCUUUUAUGCUGCGAGGGAUUUGUACAAAUACCGACAUCAGUACCCACAGAACUUCAAAGAUAUCCGAUAUCAAAAUGACUUGAGCAAUCUUCGUUUUUAUAAGAAUAAAAUUCCUUUUAAGCCAGAUGGUGUUUACAUUGAAGAAGUUCUAAAUAAGUGGAAAGGAGAUUAUGAAAAGCUGGAGCACAACCACACUUACAUUCAAUGGCUUUUCCCCCUGAGAGAACAAGGCUUGAAUUUUUAUGCUAAAGAAUUAACUACAUAUGAAAUUGAGGAAUUCAAAAAAACGAAAGAAGCAAUUAAAAGAUUCCUCCUGGCUUAUAAGAUGAUGUUAGAAUUUUUUGGAAUAAAACUGGUUGAUAAAACUGGAAAUGUUGCUCGUGCUGUUAACUGGCAGGAAAGAUUUCAGCAUCUGAAUGAGUCCCAGCACAACUAUUUACGAAUCACUCGUAUUCUCAAAAGCCUUGGUGAGCUUGGAUAUGAAAGUUUUAAAUCUCCUCUUGUAAAAUUUAUUCUUCAUGAAGCUCUUGUAGAAAACACUAUUCCCAAUAUUAAACAGAGUGCUCUGGAGUAUUUUGUUUAUACAAUUAGAGACAGGAGAGAGAGGAGAAAGCUCCUACGGUUUGCCCAGAAACAUUACACGCCUUCAGAGAAUUUUAUCUGGGGACCGCCAAGGAAAGAACAGUCAGAGGGAAGCAAAGCCCAGAAAAUGCCUGCCCCUCCCACCUCUGGUCAUAUCAGUCAAACUUCUAUGCACAAAAAAUCCAAGGACUCUAAAAAUUCCUCCUCAGCUAUUCAUUUGAAUAGCAAAACAGCUGAAGAAAAAAAAGCGGCACCUGGAGGGGCUGGAGAAGAGGCAGACAGGCCUAGCACAGAGCCCAGCAGUGAAGCCACCAAGUCAAAGACAGAGGACGGUAAUGCUGAAAAUUCAAAUUCUCAACUGGAAAAAGCAGUCAGCCAUCCUACAGAGAGGAAGGAAAUUGCAAUUCCUCCUGAAAAAGAUGAAGAGGGUGAAAAUCACAACAAAGACUGUGAAAAUCCUGGAAAUACAGGCUCCCCUGAUGAUGUACCAUUACAGUGA